AAAAUGUCUUCACUAAUUAUUGUAGUUUUGGUUUUGAAUCUCUUACAUAUUUUGUUCUCAACAGUCUCAGUUCGUUCUGAUCAAAGUGUGUUGCCUAUCAGAUCCUUCAAGGUUAGGGAAAAUGCUACAUACGAUUGCGUAGAUAUUAAUAACCAACCAGGACUUGGUCAUCGUUUGCUCCAAAACCAUACAAUCCAGAUGAAACCAUCAAUUUCAAGACAUGAAUUAAGGAAUCACAUUGAUAACAACAAAUCAUAUUCGAGUGAAAUAGGGUGUCCAGAUGGAACCGUUCCUAUAUUGAGAAUCUCAAAUGAAUACAAUACCAAGGCACAACUUUUCGGCGAGAAGUAUUUCCAUCCGCUAACUGUCAAAAAUCCUGGAACACAUUUUGUUGGAGUAUGGUCAAGUAGUGGUCCAUAUCGUGGUGUAGAAGCUUCGUAUAAUGGAUAUACGCUAUACAUCGAAAAAGAUCAGGUUUCAUAUAGUGUAAUAUCUAUGGGUAGUCGGUUGAAUAACCAAGUCAAUUCUAUUCAAGCGGGUUAUAUUAUAAAUCCAAGUUUCUUUGGCACCAGACAACUUUGGACAUAUGGAUAUUUUAAGGGUAAAGAUGGAAAAGGAUGUUACAAUACAGCAUGUGAUGGGUUUAUUCAGGUAUCAAGGAAAAUUCCCAUAGUCCAACCCAUAAACAUAAACCCAGGAGACUCUGUUUGGUCGCGUUGGUCUAUCCAUCAGGAUAAAGCAACAGGAAAUUGGUGGCUUACACAACUGACAAAAAAUGCACCCAACGUAGAUAUUGGAUAUUGGCCAAAAGAACUAUUUAACAUUUUGAAUGACGGUGCUAAUAUAGUUAGUGUUGGAGGUGUAGUUCAUGCUUACCUUACUGGUUCAAGUCCCCCGAUGGGUAAUGGUAAUUUUCCGGUUGGAAGCCAUAAAAAUUCAGCAAUGUUUACAAAUAUUGAAGUUCUGGAUUCCAAAUAUAGGAGUCAUAAAAUGAAUUAUUUUCCUACGAAGAUUUUUGUUGAUAGUCCAAAAUGCUAUGACAUAAAAAUUGGUAAUGUGAAAUCAUUUCAUAGUAAACGACUCGGUUUCUUUUUCAAUUAUGGUGGUCCGGGAGGAAAAUUUUGUGGAGUUUGA